CGCGGUUUUAGCGCCCGGUGUUGUCGGCGCGCUUAUGACGUUUGCGCUUUUGACGGGUCACGGCUGCUAGUAAGGCCUCUUAUACUACAGAAAAGGUCUUGACAUUCCUAGUUAUGGUGGGGCCAAUGCAAAGUAAUGUGAUUUUCUUCCUCCAUAUCUAUCUGCUACUUUUUAAAUGUAUUUAUUUCUGAGGACAUUCUAGAAGACAGCCCUGGAGCAGUCUUUUAUUUUUGGAAUUUUUACUACUGGGUUCUUGACUGUGGAGCAGCCAUUGUAAAAUUGAAAUAACUGCCUGCUUGCUUUAUGCAGCAGCCUGAAAACAGGAUGAGUACUUUGGAGUUUUGGUGUCUGCAGGAGAGAGGAGAGACUAUCGUUUAGUAUAGGUGUACUCUGACACAGUAGAUUCCUGGAUGCUUUCCUCUCAUUGUGGUGAAAUACUUUCAGGAGAUUGAAAUGGAAUUGAGGCAAAUGGAAGAACUGAAGGACUUAUACCAGAAGAAAAACUACGAGCAGUCCCAUAGUAUUAAACAAUUUGCCACCGAACUAACAAGCCUACAAAGUGAGAUGCAGCAACUGGCCAAAAAUCAGCAAGGGAUGGAAAAUCAGCUUGAGGAUGAAAGGAAAAAGCGGAAACAACUUGAAGAAGAGUGCCGAACUUUGGAAGACACCAUUAAGGAGCUCAAGAAAUGCAAGGCAGUUACUGAAGAGAAACUAAAAGAAGCCAGCAUUGAGUCUCAACAGGUAGAUGCAGAGACAAAAAGGGGGGGAAACCCUGGGGCAGAGUUGCCAUUUAGCUUGAAAUUAAUAUGCUUGGAAAGGAAUUAAGUUUUACAGAUCAGAAUAAAACUGGCUUGGCAUUUCUGAACUUCUCAUUAACUUCUCACACUGUCAAACUAUUUACUAAGUCUGCAUUACUAUUACUAUUAAUCUUCUCAUCGUUCCUAUCACCCAUCUCCUCCCACUUAGGACUGUAUGCAGAGGUGCGUUGCCAAUUUUUUUACUAUCGGUUAGAGCGCUCUCCUACGCAUUUUUGCGCCGCUUCUGCACAUGUGCAGAAGCGUCUGGGCGGAGCCUCUUGCUGCCACUACCGAUUUGGUGAUCCGGGCCAAACCGGG